UGAUAUGUAGAAUCUCUGAUAAAUUAUAUGUCACCACCAGAGGGCUUAAUAUAAAUUAGAAUCCAUUUUGAUGUGGUGUUUGUGGCAUGGCAUGUAAUUGAACUUCUGUUAAAUGGAAAAAGGACAAUCAUCUGUUGCAUAUAAAAUGCUAAGACAACAAGAGGAAGAGGAAGGUUUUUCUCCACCCUCUAAUACUACAUUGGCAACACCUCCACAGGGUAUUCCUCCCCCUGCAUAUGAUGAGCUUCUGGAAGGAGGAGCUGUAGGUGAUGUCUCAGAUGUAGCCAGUUGUACUACCACAAACGAAGAUAGAAGUGCAAAUUUGUUGACUUCACCAAAGGGCUAUACUACUAUUCCUGUUCCACCUCCAUAUAAUGUAGCUGCUGCAGAACUCCCUACUUAUGAAGAGGCCCAGAGAUCAAAAGGUUUAGAAGGUGAAAAUCAAAGACAGAGUGAUGAUGUUACAUCACUGUGGUCCCAUGGUGAGGAGGUUCUUGGAACUGACUUUCUAUUCUUCACUUCAUUCUUUGUGGCAUUCCUCUUCAACUGGGUAGGAUUUCUCCUACUGGUUUGCUUCUGUCAAACUCUGGCUGGGCGGUAUGGAGCUUUGGCCGGAUUUGGACUGUCACUCGCUAAGUGGACCCUCAUCGUAAAGCAUUCUACUGUUACCUGAUCUAUUAAUCAAAUG